ACAUUUUCAAACAAGGAAACACUAUAUUUGGAAAAAUAAAUACUAUAAAAUAAUCAAAACUUAACUAAACACAAUCUACCUCUUUUUGGCCCAUUCAUAUUCAACCUUUCUUACCUCUUCUCUCUUUGCUUCACCCACCAACACCCACCCACUCUAUUUCUCUCUCUGUACCAUUCAACAUUUGUAUCAUUUCUUUUCUCUCUUUUCUUUCUUUCUUGACUAUACCUAGCUACUUUAUUGGCUUGUAAUGGAGUCCAUGUCAGUUAACAAAUGUCUGGAAAGAGCUACCUAACUCCCCUUAUGCUCAACUUGUCUGUUUUAAACUGUGAAAAACAAGCUUAUUUGACUGUGUUUGAGAAGGUUUUAAGGGAGUAAAAAGAGUAAAUCUAACUGUAGAACUGAGAGAUUUUAUGGACUGGAACUUCAAAGCAACUUCUUGGGAUUUUACUGAAUUUGAGCAACAAGCUAUUCCCAACGUAGACGCAGUUGGUGGGUCAAGUAGCUUUGGAGGAAACAGGAGUAAAGGGAAAUUUUCAGUUGAUUUGAAGCUUGGGCAGGUUGAUUCGGGUGAUAAUUCAUUGAGCAAGUGGAAGGAGCCUGUAGUCUCAAAAAUGGAGUCUUCACCAUCAGGGUCAUCCAAGAGGGCCAGAGCAGCUACUAAUGGAACUCAAACAGUGUCAUGUCUUGUUGACGGAUGCAGGUCAGACCUUAGCAAUUGUAGAGACUACCAUAGGCGCCACAAGGUGUGUGAGCUCCACUCAAAGACUCCACAAGUUAUGAUUUGUGGCCAGAAGCAACGCUUCUGUCAGCAAUGCAGCAGAUUUCAUUCCUUGGAGGAAUUUGAUGAAGGAAAGAGAAGCUGCAGGAAACGUCUUGAUGGCCACAACCGAAGACGACGGAAACCUCAGCCGGAUCCCCUGUCACGGUCUGGGAGGUACUUGAGCAGUUACCAAGGUACGCAGUUGAUGCCAUUUCCUGGUCAUAUAUACCCGUCCACAACUGUUGUGAACCCCCCAUGGGCAGGAGUUGUGAAUACUGAGGGAGAUGCUAGGCACUAUAACCAGCACCAACGUCUGCAAUUGCACGACGAACAGAAUCUAUUUCUGGGAUCCUCUCCAAGCGGCUACAAAGGAGGGAAGCAAUUCACAUUCUUGCAGCAAGGGGAGCAGACAUCUCAGGAAGCAUCUGUGUGCCAGCCUCUUCUCAGGAAUACUACUGCCCUGUCAGAAAGAAGUGGGGGUAGCCAUAACUUGUUCCGUGACAGGUUAACCACUCAAGUCUCGGAUUGUGCUCUCUCUCUUCUGUCAGCACCACAUACACAGACAUCUGGGAUUAGUUUGAGUCAAAUGGUGCAACCUAUGGAGCAAUCCUUAGGCCCUAGCCUUCAUAAUCACAGUUUGGAGCCCAUAGAAUCAGUUCUGGUUUCUAGUGGUAGAAAUGCCAAUGUUGAUUGCCCAGGAAUGUUUCACAUGGGGUCAGAUGGGUCGUCAGCCGAUGAAGCUCCUCAAACAAUUCCCUUUCAAUGGGAGUAGUAAAUUACUAGUAGUUUGUUAUCUUAUAAUAAUUCUGGAUUCACUUCCUUGAAAACUGUGCUGCAAUACCUUUAUCGCCAAAACUGGAAUUUCGUAUUGAAGUUUGUCUUUGUUUCUUUAGGCAUAAUGAACAUGUUUUCAGUGUUGUUCGUUUAA